GGAUCAAAGACUCUCUGUCUGAAGCGUGUCUGAGUCGUUUUAUUGCCUCACACCGACUUGUUGGUCUUGUCAGCACUACUGGACUUCUAAGCGGGUGUCAGGCACACUUUAGUGGCCCGUGCUGGAGAGGAAGGAAGCUCGUGUGCCGUAAAACCGCCGUCUCCACUUUAAAGCCCGCGGCUCCUGCUCGUCUCUGAUUGGCAGGCAAAUAACUCUUACCUCAGCUAUAAAUAGAGCGUUCCGCUCGACUUCACAUGACAAGGAGAGGAUUUUACACACUUUUUCAUUAAAUCAUCACAAAAUGGCACUGGUCAGUCAAUACCAAGGCCGUGAGAGCAUAUCAUGUCCUAAGAACCACAAAUUUCGAACGAUUCUUGUGGAAAAAACACGGAGAGACAGAAUCAACCGCAGUAUCGAAAAUCUGAGAGAGUUAUUUCACAAAACUACACCAAUGUCCGAGCGGCAGUUUGUUAGACUUGACAAAGCCGAUAUUCUGGAGAUGACCGUUGAUUUUUUAAAACGACGCGCCAAAUCCAGCUACGCGCUAGGAUUCUCGCAGUGCUUACAGGAGACGCUGCGUCACGUGUCUCUGCACGCACACCUGACGCCCGACAGAGAGGCGAUCAAGCGAUUCUACGUGCUGCAAAGGACCAAUCAGAUGCACUUAAUGGCCUCCACGGCGCGUGGAUUCGUGCGCAGAUCACCAAAACGAUCAUCGUCAAGAGUGCCAUUAUGGAGACCGUGGAAGAUCAACUAAUUUAGAGACUAUC